GGAGCAGGACAAGGCAGCGCGAAGGAAGAGAAAGAGGGAAGGAAAAGUGACCGAGAGGUCACCGAGAAUCCUCACCCUGGUGCAGCGGGAAUCGCCCCGAGAGCAGCCUCCCCGCGAAAGAGCCUCAGCCUGCCUGGAAGAUGCUGAGAUUGUGCAGGAGCCGCUCGGGGGCCCUGCUGCUGACUUUGCUGCUUCAGGCCUCCAUGGAAGUGCGUGGCUGGUGCCUGGAGAGCAGCCAGUGUCAGGACCUCACCACGGAAAGUAACCUGCUGGCGUGCAUCCUGGCCUGCAAGCCCGACCUAUCGGCCGAGACGCCCGUGUUCCCCGGCAACGGCGACGAGCAGCCGCUGACCGAGAACGCCCGGAAGUACGUCAUGGGCCACUUCCGCUGGGACCGCUUCGGCAAUCGGAACGGCAGCAGCGGCGGCGGCGCAGGCCAGAAGCGCGAGGAGGAAGUGGCGGCGGGCGCCGGCCCCGGGCCCCGCGGCGAUGGCGCCGAGCCGGGCCCGCGCGAGGGCAAGCGCUCCUACUCCAUGGAGCACUUCCGCUGGGGCAAGCCGGUGGGCAAGAAGCGGCGCCCGGUGAAGGUGUAUCCCAACGGCGUCGAGGACGAGUCAGCCGAGGCCUUCCCCCUCGAGUUCAAGAGGGAGCUGGCCGGGGAGCGGCCCGAGGCGGCGCUCGGCCCCGAGGCCCCGGCCGAGGGCGCGACCGCCCAGGCCGAGCUGGAGUAUGGCCUGGUGGCGGAGGCCGAGGGGGCCGAGAAGAAGGACGGGGGCCCCUAUAAGAUGCAGCACUUCCGCUGGGGCAGCCCGCCCAAGGACAAACGCUACGGGGGCUUCAUGACCUCGGAGAAGAGCCAGACGCCCCUGGUGACCCUGUUCAAAAACGCCAUCAUCAAGAACGCCCACAAGAAGGGCCAGUGAGGGCGCCGCGGGCCAGGGGCUUCUCUUCCUGGGAAGUCAACCCUAAAGCUCCUCUCCUUUCCUUCCUUCCUGCCACGUCGCAGCCUAGGUGUGGAGUUGCCCAGGCGGUGAUGGUGGCAGGUAUUCUGUCUCUUAAAGCUGUCUGUAGCUAGGAAAUAAAACCUUUCAAGUUUCA